UCAUCACGUCCUUUACGGCCAUCACGUACUCCGACAUCCGAAUCGCAGCUAGCCAGGCUACGCCAAGUAGACCUGGAGAAGGACCCCUCCAACCAUGGCGGUCAUCGACGAGGAAACGUUCUCCAACAUCCCCUGGGGAAACGGCGGAAGCGAUUCGGCUGGCCUGGCUGGAUCAAGCUCGUCGACGCCCACCAUAGAAGCCGAGCCUCCCAGCACCGAAGACCAGCGCCAUGCUGAAGACCUGCAGCGCCAGGAUCCCGGCUUGUCCGGCGACAUCAUCGAGUGCACCGUCACCGAGCCCCGUAAAGAGAGCGACGGCACGAAGGACGCUUUUGUAUCAUAUCUAAUUACCACCACCUCCACGUUCCCCUCCUUCCAGAAACCCACCUUCACCUCCCGACGCCGCUUCACCGACUUCGUCUUCCUCUACAAGACCCUCUCUAAGGACUAUCCUGCGUGCGCCGUCCCACCACUGCCCGACAAGCAGCGCAUGGAGUACGUGCGGGGGGACCGCUUCGGCCCCGAUUUCACCAGCCGGCGAGCUUACUCUCUACAGCGCUUCCUCGCGCGCACCACCUUACAUCCCAUCUUACGCCGGGCGCCUAUCCUACAUACCUUCCUCGAGUCCCCCGACUGGAAUGCGACUAUGAAGGCUCGCGCCUCGAGGAGCAGCACAGCCUCUGACCAGGGCAGUGGCGGCGUUUUCGAUAACUUCGCUGACACCUUCAUGAAUGCCUUUACCAAGGUGCACAAGUACGACAAGCGGUUUGUCGAGGUGCGGGAAAAGAGCGACAAGCUAGACGAGGACCUCGGGCACGUGGAGAAGGUGGUGGCGCGGGUCGCGCGGCGGGAAGUGGAUCUCGAGACCGAUCUGCGGGACCUCACCGAGCAGUUCCAGAAGCUGAUAACUCUGGAACCGGGGGUGGAGAGCGCCGUGCAUGGCUUCGCAGCUAGCAUCGAGGACACCGCUGCAGGUCUCAAAAAGCUCCGCGAGCACACGGACCAGGACUACCUCGGCAGCCUGCGGGACAUGCAAGCGUACAGCCAGGCGCUCAAAAACCUGCUCAGGGCCCGGGAGCAGAAGCAGCUGGACUACGAGCAGCUGACGGAGUACCUGAACAAGUCCACGCUGGACCGGGACGCGCUGGCGUCGGGGUACGGGUACGGCAGCACGGGGGCGCUGGGCGGGGCGGGGGGCUUCAUCCGGUCCAAGAUCGAGGACGUGCGCGGGGUGGACCACGAGGCGUCGCGGCGGGAGCGGCUGCGCAAGAUCGAGCUGCGCAUCGACGAGCUGACGACGGAGGCGGAGCGGGCGAAGAAGACGAGCGAGGCGUUCGACGAGGAGGUGGUGAAGGAGGUGGUGGACUUCGAGCGGAUCAAGCGGGUGGAGCUGAAGCGCCAGUUCGCCGGGCUCGCCGACGCGCACGUCGAGUUCUACGGCGGCGUCAUCGACGUCUGGGAGCAGUACGUGCGCGACAUGGACAAGGCCGGCCUGCUGGCGCUCGACCCGUCGACCUACGCCGACUAGAGACGACUUAGGGUCGCCGAGGCGGAAGCCUGAGACGAGCCGCCGGGACCCGAGCCGGCGGCCCGCGGCCGAUCUGGAGGGAACGUGUUUCUUUUUUCUUCUCCUUCUUGUCUCCAAACGAGCUUACUAAUACAAUACACUACACUGCCGCUCGCCACCGCCGCGUCCCGGUGCGGGCCGCGUCGAGCUGGCCAUGUCUGCCCCC